AUGACAUCUGUCAGCGCUGCCACGCAGACAGCCACACAUGAGCUGCAGCCUGCUCCUGCAGCCUCCACAGCCCCAGCAUUCGUCCCCGCUUACAUAGACCCUCGAUCAGCAACGGCGCCGCCACCCGAGCCAGCCGCUGGACAUGAUGGGCGACUGAAAUACGCGAGGCCACAAGACUUGCCAUCCUUUCCCUCUCUCGGCCUCAGGGAAGGCGAUGCCGCAGCAAGCGCCGCAGCCUCAUUAGGCUGGGCAUCCUCCAAGCCAGUCUCGCUCUGGGCCCCCGCCAGCGACACCAACGCCCACAGGGCUGCCACUCUCGCAAAAGACUACAAGAUGCCUCCCGCCUGGCAGCCACAUCCAAGCCCUGCCGGCUCCAAGACCGCUGCCGUACUCGCCGCCGAGAAUGCCGCCCGCGGCGACAGGCAGUCCUCCUCCUCCUCCCCCGCCAUGCCCGCCAGCGUAUGGGGCAACUCGGCCGCAAACCAGGCCUUCGCCGCCGGCCGCAACUACCCGCGCGACUCGGCUGCGUCAAGCAACAUGGCCACCCUCGACAGGCAGAAGAGCCUGCGCGCCGCCCGGGGCGCCAUGGCCGGCAGCACGAGGCCGCGCUCCACCUCCACCCCCAUGACCUAUCCCGGCUCGGCCAACGCUGCCGCCAACGCCCUCAGCGCCGCCACCAUCGCCCACCGUCCCCCCGCUGCCGCCACCGCCGCCCACGGGGCCGACGCAGGUGCCUCGCCCAUCACAAAGCUGGACCGGCAGAUGUACACCUCCAACCCGCCCGUGAAGCCCGAGGUCGACGACCGGAACCGCGAGGCUGUGCUGCAUGCAAGCGCCGUCGCCAUGGCCAAGAAAAUGUACAGCACCCAGCAGAAGGCCUUCGACGCCGCAACCCACGGCAACGACCAAGGCGGAGGCUCUCGGCCCGGGAGCGCCGACAGCGACGUCGUCCGGCCCAUGCACUUCAACAACCUCCAGGAGGCCGCAUACAGGCUUGCCCAGGAGAGGCUGGCAAAGCUCCACGACGAGCACCAGCGGAACAGGGGCUAUCAGGACUACUACGGCGCCGGCACGUCCCCCGCCUCCCCGGGGAGGAAGUUCACCAAAUUGGGCAAGGCACGACGGCGCUCAUCCAGUGACAGCGACGUCGCCCGCCCGGGCACCGACGACGACCGGAAACGAUCCAGGCAGAUUCACAAACAAAUGUCGCUCUUUUCCACCCGCCUCUCCGAAGUCGACGAGUCCCAGCGCGCCAGGGACAGGGACGCCCUGCUCGCGGCGGCCCAGAGGAACGUCAAGGCCGCCAUGGAGGGCAUGGACGAGAAGGUGUCCCGUGACACGGGCCGCGUGACCUCGUCCAAGCUCAGCGAGUGGGAGCUGAGGGCGCACGCCACCGCGCAGGCGAGGAGCGACGAGCGCAAGGGCGGCGGUGUGGCCCCUGGGAAGGUCGACCUUGGCGGCGGCCAGUACAUGGACCGUGAGAGAGUAGAGGAGAUUGCCGCCAAGAGGGUGCAGCCGCUUCUUGAUGAGAUUAACGAGAAGGCCGAGAUAGAGAGGAAGAGGAUAGUGGCUUUGCGGGAAGAGCAAGAGAAGAAGAGGCUGGAGUGGGAGGCUGAGAAGGCGAGGAACGCCGAGGUCAAGGAGGCCCAGCGAAAGCUCAAGGACGAGGAAAAGGCAAGAAGAGGCGAACUCAAGCAAGAGGCAAAGGCCAGAAAAGAAGAAGAAAAGGCCGCCAAUGCUGAAGAGAAACGCCUGGCCCGAGAGGAGAAUGAGAAGCGGAAACCAGCAGCGGUAGCUAUCGCCUCCGGAGAGCAUGAGAGCGAGGGUCCUUUGGGGGCAGCGGAACAGCCCCCCGAGCAAAGCACAUCGCACAGGCACCGUAUCUUGCCCUUCACACCCAGAAUCCAAACCAAAUCAACAUCAGCAAGCAACGCCAAAGGCGAGCCGUCGCCACUGUCACCAUCCUCAAACACCUCACCCGAGUCGGCAAACGAGUCACCCACCAGCCGUGUCAAGAACUGGCUCAAGUCACGUCUGCACAAGCCCAGGGCGAAAUCCAUCUCGGGCAACAACACCGGCGGUGGGGGCAAGUCCUCUGAUGCCGGCGGUGGCAGGGCACCGGGCGGCUUUCUGGGCGGGCACAGGCUCAAGCGCUUGCACCCGGACGGCACGGGGAGCAUGACGAGCCUCAGCGAGGAGAGGAGCGCUAGCAUGAGGGAGGUCGCCCUCGCGGGGAGGGCCAGCGCGCCCGUUGUCGUCUCCGAUGAGCCGGGGGAGAGCAGUGGCAGCAAGGCUACCGCCCCGGCCCCGGCUGCUGCUGGCGCGGCGACACAUGGACGAAUCGGUGGGUCCGCCAGUAGCGAUGACGGCGGUGGUGACGACGGCCUUGCGGGACGAAGCCAGGCGGACAGGUCCAGCGGUGCGCCGGAACUCGAGGGCAUCGCUCCGCCCAGGGCGCUUUUAGACCCUGCUGGAGCCGGGUCCGGGAUCACGCCGCGGAGCAGCGUGGGCAGCGGCAACAGGGACUCCAAGUUUAUCGAGAACAUCGACUAA